AUGACUUCCCCCAAGACCGACCGCGACCUCCGUCAUCCGGUGCCCGAUCUCCAGUCGUUGCAAGGGGCAUAUGUGGGCAACAUUGAACGCCUGGAAGAACAUGCCGAACGCAUGAGCGAGUCCGGCUCAGACCUACAGGAGGAGAUUCGGAAGACAUACUCGGAACUAAAGCUGACUGACAGCCGGCGAUCGUCAUUGCAGACGACCGACCUCGAGCCUACGAGACAGGCGAGCACCCGAAGUCGCGGCGUUUCGAUAGGCUCCCACACCAAUUCAAUCGUAGACCUCAACGGAAAUGCACGAUGGGGCGGAUACUCUCCGGGCGGUUACAUAACCUCUCCUGCAGGGUCGCUGCGCUCAGGGACAGGCAACUGGUCGAAACCCUCGACUUCGGUCCAGCGCCAGCGCUCGGAAUCAAAGGCAUCGCGUCUCGGACAGAUUGUACACCCCGAGGAAGUCGAAGAGGAACACAAUGAAGAGAGCGACUCUGCUUCGCCGCCCCAACGGAAGGUCUCGUCCUUCACACGCAUAUUCGAUGAAGUCGCGAAUGGGUUGCCUGAAGAGCUGCGUAACAGUAUCCAUAUAGGCACCCCACCUAGACGCCCGGAGCCCGACGAGGAAUUGCAGAACCAAUAUCCAGACUACCGCGAUUUCGUAGACCGACCGCCGACAGCAGCCUCGACCGACACCACACACCAAGCACGUACACUAUGGCAUGACUUUGAUGGCGUCCACUGUCCAGAUACUGUGGAGGAGGAACCCGAACCAUCUCACCACAGCCACAGCCGACAUUCCUCGAAUCAUUCCUACAUGAUGAAAUCCAAUCCGAGCGUUCACUCCAUAGGCGCACCGCCGCCGGACGAUAGCAUGGUCUUCUACCCGGCUCCCGUACCGAAGAUGCUGAACCUACCCAAGCGCCUGUCACAAUUGCCUAAUAUGAGCCAGCAAGCCAAUCGUCGGUCACGGUUGUUGGAUUCCAUGCAAAACGAGCAUAGGAAAUCCAUGCCAUUGCUUGGUGAUAAUCUAGCAGACCCGAAGCCUAACAACAGGAAGAGCCGGCAGAGUCUCAUGGCACUCCCACCGCAAUUACGAGCAAGCGCCUACUUUGACAACCGAGCUGCCCCCACUCAGGAGUUUGCGGUCAAGGGAGAGUCUGCGGAGGAUACGCUCGAAAGCAUCCUGGACGCCUCUGCACAUGCUCCUGUGUCUGCAUUCACUGAUCAUCCAUUUGCUGGACAUGUUGGCGACGAGGUGUACGGUGCGGAACGCAAGCGUAGGAGUUCCAAACUACCGGAUAUGCCACCGACACUGGCAGAGACGCGAAGACGCAGCUCGUUCAACAUACUGGAUACUGACCACAACGCAAAGGGCGAGCGCCUGAAGAAGUUGAAGAAACGAAACAGCUCGGCUGACAUGAAUCUAUUACUUGUCAAAGCAAGUGAAAGCCGGAUGAGCCUCGGUGACCAAUUAGAGGAGCGUGAUGAGGAUGCACGAGGACCGGAUGGACGUGAUCCCGAUGCUAUUCGACCUUCGUUUGAAGAACACACCGAAGAUCACUAUGAAGAAGGAGAAGAAGAAGAAUCGAGCGAAGAGGAAGGGGAGCUUGAACCACAAUACGGCGCGCCGACUACUCUUCUCGCUGAGCUUCAGCUACGCAAGGCGAAACAGCAGGGUCGGAAGAUGAACUACGUGACACUGAUGGAGCAGGGGUUGAUUGACGGCAGACAAACCCUGCUCCAAAUGAACGACGUGGCCGAAGCCGAGAAGCAACGACGAAUCCGUAAAAAAGUAAACCUUGCGUGGGAAGCUCCGCCGGAAGAAGACUCGGAUGACGAUGUACCACUUGGUGUUCUCUACAGACCUCAACAGCAACAGCAAAUGCGUCAAAAGAGCAUGGGUCUUAUCGAGCAGCGAGAGUUGGAGGACCGCGAACCCCUCAGUAGCCGUCGCACCAGGCUACUCGGCAUUGACCCUAAUCAACGACGCACACAGUACCUUGGAGCCUCAUCAAGCCAGCUCAACCUGCCUACCAUCACAACUCCCGAACCAGACUCGGAUGAGGAGCCUGGCGAGACGCUGGCCGACCGUAUGCGCCGCAUCAAGGAGAAGCAACAACGUGAAUCAGCGCUCGGCGAUGUUCGCAAGAGCACAGUCAGCGAUGACUUCGCCUCUGAGAUGAUGAGCAAGUUCGGUGUUCCAGAAGGCCAGGAGCAAUCCAAAGACACUCCUCCAGCACCCCCUCCCGCUGCCGACGACGAAGAGGAAGAAGAGACCCUCGGCCAACGUCGCGCCCGCCUGCAAGCCGAAGCCGCCUUACGAGGCGAACAAGCCCCCCAGUCCGGCCACCGACCCAAUCUCCGUUCCUCCAGCAGUCUCGCGGACAUCCUCUCCGCCAACCCCAUCGACCCUCACAACCAAGCGCGCAAAGUCUCCAACGAAGCCCUCGUCUCGCACCUCCCCCAAGGCAGCCUCCUCCAUCAAAACGAGCUAGACCAAGGGCGCAAAAAGCAACAACGUCUCACCGCAACCAUGCGCGCCACAUCCUACGGCUCCAUGGACCCGCUCCUCAAAAACAUGACCAACAACCAAAAAGACGACGACGACAUCCCGCUCGGCCAGAAAAUCCAAGCCUACAAAAACGCUCAGAACCCCAUGAUGAUGGCCAACCAGCAAAGAAUGAGCGCCAUGCCGCCCCAGCAAGGUAUGAUGGGCAUGCAAAUGCCAGGCAUGAUGAACGGCAUGGGACAACACCAGUCCAUGAUGAGUAUGCCCAUGCAGAUGGGCAUGCAGCAGCCGGGCAUGAUGCAACAGGGUGGCAUGAUGGGUAUGGGAUCGCAGAUGAAUGGCAUGGGCAUGCAGAUGAACGGCAUGGGUAUGCAGAUGCCGAUGCAGAUGGGUGGCAUGCAGAUGAACGGUAUGCAAAUGGGGGAUGCCGAUGGGUAUGAAUGGGAUGAUGCAUGGGGGGAUGAUGGAGCCGCCUAUGGAUCCGAGGCAGAGGGAUCAGAUUGA